AUGGAUAAAGAUGAAUUGGAUGUCAACAACGCGAGGAUUCAAGAACAGAUAGUGUCAUCACGAAAUAAAGAAGUUACGUUUGGAGAGGAUGAGGUAUUGAGAAGUUUCGGUAGCACGCGACGAGUUAUCACAAAAGAAGCUUUGUCUAUAGGAACGGAACUUUCAUGGAUGCGCCCAUGGUUCUUCGAGUUAAAUGAUGAAAAAAGGUUCAUGACGAAGCCCUUCUUUGCAUUCCAUUAUUUAAUCCGAGUCAUAAAUCUUAAUAAUCGA